AUGCAUAGUUUGCGAGAAAAUAGCGAUAAUUACACAAACAUAACGAUUCUGAGCCGACCCGUAGUGCCUGUAGUGACUGAGUCCAGUCCUCACGUCAGCGCUGGUCGGCAACCAAAUGCAUCCAAACCCGCACUCAACACAUCCAACACUUCCAACACAUGCAUCGCUAACCAACACAUAAAUCACCCAAACCUAUCACAACCACCACAACCACCACAACCACAACAAGCAUCACAAGCAACACAUUCAGCACAACCACAGCCACAAUAUGUGGGAAGCGAUCAAAUUGGGAGCAACACUGAGUGUGCGGUGGAGGACAAGUCGCCGAUGUGUCAAAUCAAUGAGAUUUGUAGAUAUAAUAACAUUAAACAGGAGUACCUUCUCAUAGAAGAGUUGGGUCCGCCUCACGACAAGACAUUUACCGGUUCGAGUGAAGAAUAUCGUGGAAGCGGUCCAUCGAUAAAGAAGGCGCAGAGAAGUGCCGCCACUUCGGCUCUCCUGCGGACACAACUGAAACACCCGACGCCCAGAGCUGUGAAGAAUGGAGAUAAGAACGUAUGGCCGCUAACGCCUACCGUUGAGCUCAAUGUGUUGGCCAUGAAAUUGGGUCAAAAUGCUGUCUAUGAAGUGUAUGAACCGCCGCCACAACAGACGCCCACCUAUUCAUUCGGUGCCAUCGGUUCGGCGCCCAUCACUGCCACCAAUGCCUAUGACUUCCGAGGCAUGCAUUACCAACGCUAUCGCGUGCCCCGAGGCCUAUACUCCGCCACUUUGACUAUCGGUGCCAAACAGUUUACAGGCAAAGGCCGUACGGCUCAGGCGGCCAGACAUUCAGCCGCAGACGAGGCACUGAAAGUACUUCGCGAAACAACUCUUCCAUCGCAUCAGUUGACGAGUGUGUCUCUGAACGAGAGUGAGGGCACCAGUGCUGACACCAGUGCUCACACUUUGGCCGACAAUAGCAUUAAGUCUCCCAUUAGUGUAGUCCAUGAGAUGGCUCUUCACAGGAAUCUGAUGGUCCGCUUCGAAGUGAUCGACGAGAGCGGGCCCUCACAUCUGCCUGUCUUUGUCACCCAAUGCACUGUUGGAGAGAUUGUGACCAAAGGUGAGGGCAAUUGUAAACGAGUGUCAAAGACCUGUUCCGCUCUUCGCAUGAUUGAAGAACUCCGCAAAUUAGUGCCAAUUUCUCCACCCAUUCCUCAAACGUCACACCCAUUGGAUCCAAACACAGAAACCCAACACAACGACAAUAAGACCACUUUUACCGCAAACAACGGCAAUCGAUCCGAUGCUCGCAAAAAUAAUAAUAACGAGAAAAGUGAAGAAUUGAGUGUAGAGUGUGUGUCGAGUGACGGGUUGGGGAACGGGAAUGAAGAGAACGAAGGGAACGAUGGUUGCAAUGGUAUUCAUCCGAUCAAUCGACUAAUUCAGUUACAACAGGCGCGCAAAGAGAAAGAACCGCAAUUCACACUGUUGUCCGAGCGAUGUCUGGACCGACGGCGCCGUGAGUUCACUAUUGAAUGCGUGGUCAAUGUGUCUAAAGGCUCGAACGCACCCCAAAUGGUAUCAGCAGUUGGUUUGGGACCCAAUAAGAAACUGGCGAAGAAAAACGCGGCCGAAGCUAUACUCCAAGUGCUCGGCUAUUCAUCCAGACCUCAACCCCAGUCUAUACUAAAGCAAGACUCGGCUGAAGGCCAGUCGUCAGCACUUCAUCACAAAAAGAUAAGACAAGUGAAGUUCGUUGAAGACGACGGCAAUUGCGGUACAGGUUUGGCGGACAUGACGUGUAUUCAUUCGGCACCCAAAUUGGGCCGUCAACUCGUUCCCGGGCUAAUACUUAUGCCCACCACUGAUACCAGCGUUCAUCGAAACUUCAAUAAACCUCACGACACCUCUGACCCAAAUUCUCUGACACACUCUAAAGAGACCACUGGAAACUCGAAUGGAAAGAAGAAUUUAGAGGAAAUGUCGAAUCAAGUAAAAUGUAUACGAAAUUUGGCCAAAGAGUUGUUGGGUAUGAAUGCCAUGAAUGGCUGCCAAAUAGAAGAGUUGAAUGAAGACAAUCGUGUGGACCAAUUGAAGAGUUUGUCUCAAGCGAUGGGUUGUCAUGUAUUUCAAGUGCAUUUCAGUGAUUUCCCUAAAAAGCAAACAAACAACCAAUCGAUUGAAUACCUGUCAGUCGUCACAAUCACUACUCUUUGGAGUGAAAGACCUAUUGUUAGCCACGGAAACGGCGUUUCACAAGAGGUGGCCCGCAAUCAGGCCAGUCAUCAGGCGCUCAUUGCUUUGUCUCAAUUAGAUUUAACACAAUUCACAUAGAGUUUAUCGUCAGUAAUAAGUCCCCAC